CUAUAUAAUUCUGUAUUCUUGCAUGCAGAACGGCAUAGUUUAGGAUUCCAUGGGUUAAUGAUAAACAAAACAUCGCUGUGGCAGUGGUUCAACGCGAGGUGGGAGACAUGAGCUAUGACGAAAGCGCAUGGACUGCGUUGGAGAGGCUGUGAAGGCGCAUCAUAGUCUAUGUCAGCGCAUUGCUGGUCUGCAAGACUGUAAAUUCUCUUAGACAACAGAAACGAGUCUUAACUGCACAGUGUUCAAGGUGAAUAACAGAGCUGAAAAUAAUUUGAAGAAACGAGAAAUUGGGAAGUGUGUCUAUGCGCAAGAAUGAAUAUAAGGCGGAUCAAUGGCAUUCUCAUUUGUUUAAAAGGGCUAAAGGCAGAGGAAAAUUAGCUUCAACGUGUUGAUUUGAUUAAUUAAAUCAAAUUAUAACCCUGCAAAAUAAUUAAAUAGGCUGAAGACAGACGGAACAUAGUACACCAUUAAAGGGGUAUCAUUAGCAACAAAUACAGAACACGUGUAGGGACAUUUAUUCCUACAUUCCCAUGCUGACAUAUCACACACUCACACAUGCCAGUUCCUAUGUCCUUCACUCUCUCCAUCUCACUCACAUAGAAACAAACUCAUCACCUGCAAACAUGACAGAAAAUGUAAGCUCAAGGAUGGACACCCCAACCAACAUUUCCUUGGUGGGACCAGGGGACCCCAUAUCCCAGUCUCUGGAGUACAAGACUGUGGCAGUUUUUCUGGUUCUGCUAGUCUGUGGACUUGGCAUUGUGGGUAAUAUCAUGGUGGUUCUGGUGGUCCUCACCACGAGACACAUGCGUACGCCCACUAACUGCUACCUGGUCAGCCUGGCCAUAGCGGACCUGACUGUGCUGGUGGCCGCUGGUCUUCCCAAUGUGUCAGACAGCCUGACGGGUACCUGGGUGUUUGGGCAUGCUGGCUGCCUUGGCAUCACCUACCUCCAGUACCUUGGCAUCAAUGUGUCCUCCUGCUCUAUCACAGCCUUUACUGUGGAGAGGUACAUUGCUAUUUGCCACCCAAUGAGGGCCCAGACAGUGUGCACGGUGUCCCGGGCCAAACGGAUCAUAGCAGGGGUGUGGGUGUUCACCUGUGUCUACUGCAUGCUGUGGUUCUUCCUGGUGGAUAUCCAGGUAAUGAAGAGCGGCAGCAUCCAGUGUGGCUACAAGGUGUCCCGUGACCUCUACCUCCCCAUAUACCUCAUUGACUUUGCCAUCUUCUAUGUGAUCCCUCUGCUCCUGGCCAUUGUCUUGUACGGCCUCAUCGCCCGCAUCCUGUACCUCAAUCCACUCCCCAACCGGCCUGAUGCGGGCACGGUCUCCUCUGGUGCCACCACGCUCCGCAGGAGCUGCAAGGAACCAGCAGAUGGAGGGAAAGGGGGUCGUCAGGGCCGCCCGAAGAGCACGCUCUCCUCCAGGAAACAGGUCACUAAGAUGCUCUCAGUGGUGGUGAUCCUGUUCGCUUUACUGUGGAUGCCCUACCGGACCUUGGUUCUUAUUAACUCCUUCAUUGCCACACCCUACCUGGACGCAUGGUUUGUUCUGUUCUGUCGGAUCUGUAUGUAUGCCAACAGCGCCAUCAACCCCGUAGUGUACAACCUGAUGUCUCAGAAGUUCCGCUCAGCGUUCCGCGGGCUCUACAGAUGCCAGAGGCAGGAGGCCCACCACCGCACCCUCUCCAUGAUCCAGAGCGGCUACAGCAUGGCCAGGGACCCACGCACCCCACAGCAGACCAGCAACGGGACCAAACAGGGGGCCAGGAGAGUGACCUGCACUGAAACAGUGACAGAGUGGCAGAGCAAGGACACCUCCCCAGCCAAAGAGAAGAAGGAUCUGGAUCAGCUGAAGGAAGAUAGGAAAGACACAAGCUGUGGUGAGAUCAAAUCAACACCUCAGCAAACUGAGAUCAACUCCACACCUGGGCAAACUGAGAUCAUGUCCACGCCUAGGAAAAAUGAGAUCAAAUCCACACUUGGGCUGAAUGUGAUCAAAUCCACACCUGGGCAAAAUGAGAUAAAAUCCACACCUGGGCAGAACGAGAUCAAGUCCACACCUGGGCAAAAUGAGAUCAAAUCCACACCUGGGCAAAAUGAGAUCAAGUCCACACCUGGGCAAAAUGAGAUCAAGUCCACACCUGGGCAGAACGAGAUCAAGUCCACAUCUGUGCAAAAUGAGAUCAAGUCCACAUCUGUGCUAAAUGAGAUCAAGUCCACACCUGGGCCAACUGAGAUGACUGAGGCAGGAAUGAAUCACACAGUGCUAUAGAUAAAACAAGCCUGUUUUCACAUGAGGAAGUGAGUAUUAGUCAUUCGCCAAUUCAAACAAAUGUUGGUAACAUAUCAAGCCCUUGACGGGUAUUGCAGGAUGCAUUGGAAUGGAAAAGUCAUCCAUCUCAUUACCCUUCAAUAAUCACUAUCACCUAUUGUAGAAUGAAACGAUUCUGGCCAAUAAUACUAUAUACAUUUAGGAUUCUGGAUUUUUGGCUGUUGCAUAGUCACAAAAAGCAUCAUCAACACGUGACGGAGUGGUAUGGACCGCUUACAGGGAUCACUGCAGGUCUCCUCUGCUCUUGUUAGUGCAUUUCAUUAGGUACACAAAUGUUGUUAAGCUCAGAGGGAAAGAGGAAUAACAUGCUGUUCAUAGAGAGCGAGAGAGCACUGACUGCCUUUAAGGGAUGCCUCAAAUACAUUUUUAGAAGUGCUUUUAGGUAUGAUGCUGCUUGCAGUGCUCUUCUCAUCAUUCAGUUUCAAGGCCCUAAAAAUCAGAUGUGAAAUAGCAAUGAUCUGUCCUCCCUGCAGUCCAGGGACAACACUGUAAAGCACUGCCAUUUGUUCUGCAUAAAAGCCCCGGCUCAGAGCACAGGACAUGUUACAAUAGUUGUAUCUCCACUUUGCCAAGAGGUACAUGUUAAUGUUCUGGGGUAACCGUGGUUUGGAGACCCAUUCAUUUGUGGCUGAAUGGUAUUCAACGAAUGCAAACAGAGUACACAGGUUAAAUGCCCAUAGAUGUUUAAUGUUUGGGUUAAUAUCCGGAUAAACAGCAGUCGUAAAUUAUCCCUUAACAAUGUUUGGGGAAGUGGGAAUAUUAGGAUGCUGGCCUUCAAAGUGGUUCAGCUGACCCAGCUCUGCGAAAAUUAGUUGAAGUUGUUGCAUUAUUGAAAGAGUGGCUCAUCCGCUAUCUACACAUCCACACCUCAUUAUGAGUCAUGGUCCCAGCCCAACCUAGGCUGAGUCUCUUUCAAAUCACACAUCCUGAAUUAAAGUGGAUUGUGUGCAAAUUCUUUAUCCUGUAAUGAGAAUACCACUCUAGUUUCAGUCAUUUCUAGUGAGUAGCCAUCAAGACAUUUAUAGAUGAGUAAGGUCUGCAGCAUUUUAAUACAGAUAGUUUCAGUGCCACAGAUUUAGUCAUCAUCCAGUUAAUGUCAUACACGUAUAGGUCCCACGGCUAUUCUACAGUAUGUGAUCUCCAAUCCCAGUGGUCGGCAGACUAUUACGUUUUAUUACACAAAUAUCAACACAUUUCAAAUCUCUAAUAAUACGUUUUUUUUUUUGAGAAAUAAGUUCAUCAUAUUGAGACUCUGGUGGAUCCUUUGAUACGAAUAGAAAUGCCUUUUAACACUAUCCAACAAUUUCAUUCCUGAAUGUCUUUCCAAAAGUAUGUUUUGUUCAGUCCCUGUCACUUGGUCUCUUUUCAAUGCUUUUUUCAAAGUCUUGGUUCUCCCUCUCUGUCUUCCCAGUUUACCUUGUCUUUUAUUCAUGCCAUCUAAAUCCUGUGCCUCAAAGAAAAGCACUGAACAUUUCUUCCUACAUCAUUGAGAUGGGUUGAGAAAACUUCUGUCAUUUUGCCAAAAAAACUGUUGAAACAUAAUUCAUGUUUUGCUUUGUAUUUGAAAAGCAGAACAUCAUUCUGUUUGUUAAGGAUAAUUACAACAUUCUCAAACAUAACUGCCAAAGCUACAAAUGUGGCAUAACAAAACACUCUUUAUCUAGUUGUUUACACAGUGUAUGGAUUUGCUGAUAGGAUUUUGUAGUGUUAUUUGGAUGCUGGCAAGCGUGUAUAUUUUUUGGACUGAUUUGAUUUUGUUGUCAUUAUUGGGAGCUAGAAAGCUUGCCACUUUGAUAUUGUGUCAUCAGUGCGUUGUAAUCUCAAUCUUAGAAUUGUAUUUGAUAUGCUAAACUGGUGAUUGUAAUGAUAAAUAAGCUAUGUACUGGUGUGUGGUGUACAGUAUAUGCACGAGCAGUAAGUACAGUGUUGUGUUUACAAUUUUGACAAAACAU